AUGCGAACCGCAUUAAUCAACAAUAAGGCAGGGACAGCACUUUUACCAAAGCAAUCCAUUCUGCACCACAUUACUGGCUUGACUUGGGACGGGUUGGUUGACCUGACUGCAAAAACCUACAAGAAAGGUGACCAGUGGAAAUGCUUCAAGAGGGUUGCGGAAUCCAGAGGUAGUAAGAUUCAAGAGUUGGUGGAGAGUGGCAAACUGCCGUACCACCAAGAUGGUCUCGAACUCUACAAGAUCUUCUAUUCCCUAUGGGAAAGCGUAGUCCCAGCCACGGAUGCGGACGUCUCAAACGAUCCGGCCAUUCAGGACUGGUGGAAUCGUUUGAAGCAAUACACAGAAUCACCAGACCUUCCAGGAGGCAAACUGUUCAGCCGAGAAACUCUUUUGGAUACACUGGCCACAUUCUGCCUUCACGUGACAGGGGGGCACCAACACGUUGGGUCCAUUGCCGAACACAUCGAGACCCCAUUGCACGGUGGUUUUCGUAUGCCGCACAAUGCCGUCCAAGUCGACAAGCAAUCCUAUCUGGGCGGUUCCUUGCUUCUUGCAAUGACAUCUUUGCCGGUACCUUCCCUGCAGUCCAAGUUUGCCCACUACUGGAAGGAUGAGGAGGAGGCGGCUAUUUGGCAGAAAUUCCAAGAUGAUCUGAUUGGUCUUUCCGAAAGGAUCGAUGAUCGGAACCAAUCUCGACAGUACGCAUUCCAGUCCUUCAACCCUGCCAUUGUAGAAUGCUCCGUCUCGGUGUGA